CCCCUCCAGUCCGGGCCCUCCGCCCGCCGGCCGCGGCCGAGGGGACUCCGGGGCCCCCGGGGCGAUGGGCUCCAAAGUGCUGCGGGCGGUGGUGCUGGGCCCGCCGGGCUCGGGCAAGGGCACGGUGUGCCAGCGGCUGGCCGCCAGCUUCGGCCUGCAGCACCUGGCCAGCGGCCGCUUCCUCCGCCAGCACCUCGGGGCCCGCACCGAAGCCGGUGUGUUGGCCAAGCAGUACAUUGAACAAGGGCUCUUAGUCCCAGAUGACGUGAUCACGCGGGUCAUGCUGAGCGAGCUGGAACAUCGGCGGCACCGACCCUGGCUCCUGGACGGAUUUCCACGGACGCUGGUCCAGGCCGAAGCCCUCGACUCGGUGUGCGAGCUGGACCUCGUGAUCAGCCUGAACAUCCCGUUCGAGACGCUGAAGGAUCGUCUGAGCAGACGUUGGAUCCACCCGUCCAGCGGGCGAGUGUACAAUCUGGAAUUCAACCCGCCCCUCGUCCACGGAGUGGACGACGUUACCGGUGAGCCCCUGGUCCAGCAGGAAGAUGAUAAACCUGAUGCCGUCGCUGCCCGGCUGAGGCAAUACAAGGGAGCGGCCAAGCCGGUUAUAGAAUUAUACAAGAGCCGCGGAAUCCUGCACUCCUUCUCGGGGACGGAGACGAACAAGAUCUGGCCGUACGUCUUCACGCUGUUUUCCCACAAGAUCCCACCCACUCCGUCCAAAGAAGCCAACUGAGGCGGGCGCGUGGCAGAAGGCCGGGGGAGGGGAGCCGGGGCCCCCCAGCCGGGGGUCCCGGCCAGGGAAAGAGCGAGCGAGCGUCUUGGUCUCGGCGGUCGGCGGACGGGAACGCGGACACGCGAGGAGGGGGCUGUCCCCUUGGGAGGCCCGGGGGCUCGAGUCCGAUCUCGGACGUCUCUGCCUGAGCUUCGCCCCUGAGGCGCCGGGGCCUCGGCCUCGUUUCUCACCCCGUUUUUGGCACGGAGCCCGCCCCCGCCCCCGCCGUCGAUCUCCUCUAAAAGCCCCGAGAGCCUGGGUCCCUGGAGCGUCCCCCCUGUGGCCGCACCCACGGCCCCCCCGGGGUCCCCUGGUUACACCCCCGGGGGUACUGAGCAAAGGGGUACCUGUGUCACACCCCCCGGGAUCCCGAGAAAGGGAGUAAUCAUAACAGUUUCGGUAUUGAAGCGUUUA